GCGACAGCGACUGGGAACUUGGCCGAUAUUUACAGCUCUGGGAUCUCACGCGAUGACGAAAUGCGGCACCCGCGGCCCACUACUCGUAUACGUGCUGUGGGUUCCCUCUGGGCCACUCGCAUCGAGUAUUGAGUAUACAACCCGUUGCCGGCUUCGUUCGCGCGACUGUUGCUGCUCUGCCGACGUCAGCGUCAGCGUCUGCGUCUGCGCCGGCGUCUGCGUCAGUGUCACACCUACUCACUGUGGAGUACCCUACGAAUUUCUGGUUAAACAUGAUUGGUUUUAAAAGAGAUCUGAGUUAGUUACUUUAAAGCAACAGUUAGAAUGAAAGUGCUCACAUCGGUUUUUCUUUGCAUUCUCUUGUUUCACGGGACUAAAGCUCAGUAUAAGAAAUGCCAUAGUGAAAAGAGGGGAAUCGGAAAUUGUAUGACUUUGGAAGAGUGUCCGAUUUUGUAUUCUGGGCAGGAGAACCAAUUUACCGGUGCGCAGAAGGACCACUUCUUUUCUUCCGAAUGUGAACCGCCUUUGGUUUGCUGCCUUAAUCAAAAAGUAAGCGGCAGGAUUAUCAGUUUGCUACCUCAACCACCCACAUGCGGCGGCUCCGAUGUCAAGUAUAAAGUACUUGGUGGAGUGCAAACCGGUCUCGAUGAGUUUCCCUGGAUGGCAAUGUUGGAGUACAAAAAGCGGGAUGUAAACAAUCUGACCACCAACUGCGCUGGAUCGCUCAUCAACCACCGGUACGUCCUAACAGCUGCCCAUUGUCUAAAAGGAAGGUAUUUGGAGGGGAUCGGAGAACUUGUCUCUGUGAGAUUGGGUGAGCAUGACACUCGUACCGAUGAGGAUUGCUCCGCUGGUAGGGGAAGAUGCAGUCCAAAGUUUCAGAGGUUGGGUUUUAAGGAGAUCCAUGUGCACGAAGAAUUCCGAGGGAUGCUCGGCAGUAGAUUGCACGACAUUGGCUUGAUUCGCCUAGAACGGAAUGUUGUCUAUUCUCAAAGCAUUCGUCCUAUUUGCCUGCCGUCGACUGUGCCCGCGGCGGUAAGGUUUCCCGGUCGGCCACUUACCGUAGCUGGAUGGGGUACAACUUCAUCCCUGGAACUUAGUCCCACCAAGCAAAAAGCGCAGCUUAACUAUGUGAAAGCGUCUGAGUGUCGUAGACUCUGGGAGGAUUACAUCCAUCUGGAAUCCACCCAACUAUGUGCUGGUAAGUUCCAGGCGGACAGCUGCGCAGGAGACUCCGGCGGACCUCUCAUGCAGCUGCGUGAUGGCAUUUGGGUCCAGGAGGGCAUCGUUUCCUUCGGCUUCGGAUGCGCCAUUAAAAAUCGGCCCGGUGUCUACACAGAUGUUGCCGCAUAUGACACCUGGAUCAGGCGGAAAGUGGUGGCCAGAGAUGGGGAUUAUGUUGAACUCGUGGCGCCCCUCCGCGAAGGACUAAAUCAAAUGUACGGGCCUUAGAAAAAGAUUCGAAGCAAGAGAGUUCGAUUGAAGACCGCAAUAUACAUUGAAAGAUUUGAACAUUACAAAAAUCAAUAUAAAUAAUCGAUGAAA